AUCUCCUUCAUUUCAAUCAUUUUCGAUCAAAAGAGCUAGAACUGAGUAAGUUGGGGGCAAAAUUAAGGUGGUGAUGAGGAUUCCGGUGAGGUUUGAUAGGCUGGCAGCGGCGUUCAAUGAGGCUGCGGCGAGGGCUGUGGCGGUGCGGCUGUGCGAGAGCAGUGGGAGUGAGCAUUCUCCGGCUGCUGAUCUUUCAGAUCUUGUGAAUUCUUAUAUUGAGAAGGAAUGUGGAAAUGUAAAUGGUGAGCAGGAGGAGAACGAAAACAUCAGUGAAGAAUCCGAUUGGUUGGAGUCGGAGACAAAGGAAAAAUUGGAGGAUUUGAUGGGGAAAAUUUUCCCGAAUGGUGAUAAAGAUGAGGAAGUAAAGCAGAGGCUUUACGCGGCGACGGAAAUUGUAUGCCAGAGAAUAUGCGACGGAAGCUCGUCGCCAGACUUCAAACGUCGGCUAAUGUCAAGUUUACGUGAUAGCGGCUUUGAUGCUGGUUUGUGCAAAUCCAAGUGGGAGAAAACCGAGCGGCAUCCUGCAGGGGUUUAUGAAUAUGUAGAUGUGAUUAUUGAUGGAGAACGUUAUAUUGUUGAAGUAAAUCUAGCAACGGAAUUCGAAAAUUUCCGGCCAACAUCUGGCUAUAUGUCGCUGAUUGACAUCUUCCCACGGAUUUUUGUCGGGAAAGCUGAAGAACUGAAGCAGAUAGUGAGAUUGAUGUGCACUGCAAUUAGAAAAUCUAUGAAGAGACAGGACAUGCAUGUUCCUCCUUGGAGGCGGAACAGCUACAUGCAGUCCAAGUGGUUCGCUACUUAUAAAAGGACAACCAAUGAAAUUUCUAGCAAUUCCAAGUCACCCAAAUCAAUUAAUAUGUCGUUAAGAACUGCAGUUGGAUUUGAGGCUAGGCCGACGAAUCCAUACCAUUGCAGAGAUGAUUUUGUGAGAAAGGUGGGGCUGAAAGUUGGGCACCUAACAGCUGCCUUGAAUGGUUCAUGAUCAUGGAAAACUUUUAUCCUCAAAUUGUAAAUAUAUUUUCCAGUUUUAAUGUUUUCUUAAAUUUGGGGAAGACGUCUACAGAAUUCUUUUUCCUUCCCUGAGUGCGAAUGUCCAGGAUUUUAGAUUUUUAGGAUGGGUGUGAGGUUAUGGGCAUCGGAAUAAGUCCAAAUUUCUGUAAAUUGCAGUGGGCAACAGGAACACGAUUGGGAUUGCCUCUUCGUAGCGUUUUGCAAAUAAAUGCUGAAGGAAUGA